ACAUGCGCCAAUUGCACAUCCGGUUGCAUAGGCGCAGUGCCUGGUGCAACAUUCACUGGUCAAUGCAGUGUGAGUUUGAGGUGAACUGGCCCAUUUCGGAGGUAUAAUACACCUACAAAUAUAUUAAUGACAUUCGUUGCUCCCGCUCGGAGACCACAAAAUUCCAACACAUGGGAAAGUGUUGAGUAUCCUUGGCGCUCUCCAGCGCUGCGAGACUUAAAUGAUCAAGGUUUUUGGUUCACUGACGAUUGUGGUGUUAUUAAUUGCACGCCGAUUCCAUCUUCUAACAAAGCUUUUGGAAAUAUGAUCAAUAGUACUGCACGCUUGAUUAGUUAUGACAAUUUGCUGAACACAACUCCGAAGAGUCCGGGGCACAAUUUCAAUAGUUCUCAUUAUGAGGGCAGUUCAGAACAUAAUCAAAUGCAUCAGAGAGCGACACCAAAUCAUAGCCAAGAAGCGCCACAACAUCAGUCUAUGUUUGACUUGGAUAGACCAAGAAAUCCUGAUCAGCACAAUACGAGUAAAGACCAGUUAUACAGUUAUGCGUCAGAUCAUUCUUACCACAGCGUCCAGUGGAUUUCAAAUCACGCGGAAAGGAUGGAUGUCCGAGCUGAAUCUACUGCUGCAUUUGUGAGAUAUACUAUUCAGGAAUUAAUGCAGCAGGAUUGUAGCAUGUGUCCAGUCAACUACCCUGUGGACGCUCCUUCCCGUCUUGUCCGUGUUGAAUGCCGGAAACCUGGGUGUCGUUGUGUGUUAAAAAGUGAACCAGCAUUAGCUCUAAAAGUGGUGCCAAAUGUCACUUUGGUUCAAGGUGAAUGGUCUCACUCUGGUCGUGUGCUAAUUCAUUCCAAGAAAGGAUAUUACGCGAACAGUAACCAUCUGGACUUGGUGACUAGUAAAUUACCUCCUCCUUCACAUAUCUCAGCUGCUGUGGUUCUCACAACCUGUUGUCCGUCUUGGUUCGAACUAAUCAGCGGAUCUCAAGGUGGGUCCAACGACGCCAACUCAUUAAUUUAUCCCAGUGUGCCUGUUUGGUCAAGUUCCAAAGCAGUGUGGCGAGCAAAACCAGAGUAUUUUGUGCUUCUUAAACAAACCCCAUGUUUUUUAGCUUUGAGAAGGCAAUCGAUUUUGACGAGUUCUUUAGAUGUGUCUAACCAGAACCAGACGAUGAUAUCAAUUGAUGUAGAUAAUGUGGUCUAUCUAAAGUCAGGUGCAGUAUUAAAGCUGAUUGACUGUUUUACCUGUCGCCUUGUGCAUCAUCAAGCCUCCAUUCAGAAUCCACAUGCAUCGAAUAGCUUGUUGAGCAGACACCAUGUGAAAACAGCAUCUAUGCUUCAAUGUGUUGUGGUUGGAGACAAGGCACUCUCUUCUGUGGCCUCUGCAGCUCUAGAUUUACCGGCACACGAUGCAUUGCACUGGUUCUCCGACGGUCCCAAGUUAGUUUAUUUGUCACUCGAGUUAAAAUCACUUUGUUGCAGUCCUGUCUCGGUUAAAAUACCUGUCCAUGGUCAACUUCACAGUAAUCAAAGUUCCGAAGUGGGCGAAGCUGGUGUUUACAGUAUCAUAUCUCUCCUCACGCAUAACAAACUACCGAUGGUAGUCCGCCCGGUCACAUGUCUGCGCCAAAGCGAUCUAACUAUAGUUAGUCAAAUCAAUGAAGAUCAAUCAGGUGAAACGGACCAGUUCUCUAACCAACCCGUGCUUCGGCUCGGCACUUGUUAUCACGGUGACUUGAUAUUUCUGGAACCGAUUUCCGAGUGUUUGGAUCCCGUAAAAAUUGCUCAAAACUCAAACUAUGGUGGUGGAGAACAAAAUGCGUCGCUGAACAGUAGAUUCUUUGUUGUCACCACUGAUAUGCUCAGUCAGCAUAACUUUUGUGUCCUUGAUUCGUUAUGUUGUCCACAGUAUGAUCGUGAGCUAAACGUACAUGCUGCCCGAGUAGCUCACUUUCUGGCAGCUUGCCAUCCGGCUGAAAGCUUAGCCUAUUUAUUGAGACAUUUGGAAGACAUUACACAGAGUUCAACAACUGGUCCCUCACACGUUCCACUCAGCCGGACACUAGGCCCUGUUGGAAGUGUGUCUGCCUACGCUGUUGUUCAGGCGGCAAUCGCAAGUGUCGCAGCCGCAGCCAAGCUUGCGACGGAAGACAAGAGUGAGGGUGAAGUUGACCCUAUCUACUCCCACGAACUUCUUUACGAUGAAACGUGCGGCCAUCGUAGACCAGCUUCACUACACAAGAACCAACGAUUUCAGUCUGCAAGUUGCCUCACAGAUUCCGGGCGACAUUCGUCAUGCAUGUCUUCCUCACUUUUGGCAAUGGAAACUGACCAGAUGAAUGCAAUGUGUGACGAACUGGAAGACAUAUACUAUUACGUCCGAAAUGGAAAGUUCCCAGUUCAAUCUAGAUCCAUGACCUCUUUAGUUCACCAUUUUACCCCACCAAUUCGUGGCGAGAGAGCACCGCUGACAUCCGCUCCAAUUUCUCCACAACCACUGAAAGCAACACACGACCUUCGAAAAUGGAUUCCAAAUAACAGCCCUAGUGGACGACCAUCAGCUUAUUGGCUACAGCUACAAAAUUUAAGAUACAUAAAUUCCGAUAAACCUACUGCAGUGUUUGAUCAAAAUCGAACGGAUCGUGGUUCAAACAAUAUUGUGCAAAACGGUUCACAUGUGACACAAUAUGCUGCACUCGCAAGCGGUGGAUAUGCGAUCAGUCCUGAAAAGCAAGCAGUUGUGCAAUCACAAUUCGCUCAUGCGCACAUUCCUGCGAGAUUCGUAAAUCCAGCAAUUCGCAAUGAAAAUUUAUCAACUCUUGAAAGAAUUUGUAGGCCGUCUCGUGUCCUGCUGAACAGAAACAUACCCGCAGCCGCAAAACUCCCUACCAUAUUAACGUCCAGUGUUUCACAAAAUCUCGCACCUCAAGGAUGUACGCAGAUAAUUAUGCGUCCUAUAAAACCAAGCGUUCCGGACAGUAACUCCGUGCCAUUUGUAAACUCAAACCACGACCAAUCGAUCAAACACUCUCAUGUGAUAAAAAGCCCUAUAGUACAACACUCGACUGUUACAUCCACUCCGAGCUGCUAUUCCAGCACCCAAAUUGCCGGUAAGUGCUUUGCAUCCACUUCAUCCUUAGUCACCGUACAUUGUCCAGCAGUAAUGACGCAGUCUCUACAUAUUGGGAUGUCUAAGAAUGGGACAUCGGGUAGCAACGCCUCAUCCUUUGUAAACGUCACACAAACAUCAACCCAGCAAGCAGUUAGUGAAUCACAGCAUUGUAACAGCCCGGUUUAUGACCCUAAUUCAUUUAAGCCAAUGGAGGUGACUUGGAAAAAGUACCCUUUCGUCCAUGUUAUCCAGCAAUCAAAAAUUCCCUCAUCUCGCCCUAGUCAUACAACCCACAAUCUCAUGUCUUAUUCGGCGGUAUCCGUUGGCCGCUCUAAUUCACAGUUGCGUUUGCAUGAAGGUUACAUUGACACGCCGAGAACUUCAUUCGUCGUAACCACUGAUAAACACACGUAUCCAGACAAUUCUAGGACAAAGCAUAGCACCUCAAAGAAUGCUGCGGGGUGCAACUGCUUGACGAAACAUUCCACAUUUGUCGGGACUUGUCAAGAUGCUUCUAAAUCUAUCUAUAAAAUAGCUUGUUCUACAGGGGAACAAGUGGGUUUAUCCUGUGCCGUCCAGUCUUACAACGAGAAGCAACGGCUUUCAUAUAUUGUAAACAAUUCUGACCACUGUGUUCCAAAAGCCAACUACGCUUCUAUUCCUUCGUAUGUUAAUCAGUGAUAUUCCACGCAACAAAGACAAGAGAUGAGAGCUUCGUCUCCUGACAGCGGUACUGGGGCCAAUUCCAUCAUUGACGUGGGCAUUUCUUAUCCGUACAUGCUCGCUAGAUCAAGUAAACAACGGCAUACAAAUGAGAGUUUGCGGCCCUACUACAAUCCUGUGCAUCAAAUGAGCAAUAAUGGUGAACAAUAUCUGUUAGAAAAUGUUCAUCUAAUCGAAAUUAGUUCCUUAGUAUUAUGCAUACAUAAAUAACUGAGUGAAACUAAGAAGGAACAGUGAUUAUGUCUUUCACCCCUAGUUUCCCCUGUUUUUUUCAGGAAAUGUAUACUGCUAUAUAUUGUACCAACCAAUGCUUAUGAAAAUCUCAAUCGCGGUAUGCUAUAUUAUGUGAAUGUGCAAUUGUAUAUAUUACUCUCCUUUUGCCAUGAAACUCUUAAUAUCCCACCCGCUGGUUGAUCUUAGUAGAUGCGAAAGCUAUGUUGAAUAAUGUGAUAGAUGUAUUUAGCGAGGUAGCUAGCCAAAUGUAAUAGACAUAAUGUAUGUGUUUAACUUCC